GUCCCAUGUGUGAUGCAAGCUCGGCGACAUAUUGCAUUCUCAACCGUCGCCGAGGCAACUGCGUGGCCCGCGAGCGUGGCCGAAGAGUUACAACUGUGUUACAUAAUUGAACGUUUACUCUCUGCUGGUUAUGUUCCUGCCCAUGUUAUGGGUAGCUUGUUCGCAAGGUUACUUCCGAUAACUGUUGUCGAUACCACAGCCAGUUCAUUAUACCAAAUGCCAGUUUGCGAUAUAUAGUUGUAGGGUUGGUCAAUAGUGAGCAACAAACAGGAGUAGGUGCGGUCCUAUCAUUUGCUGCCAUGCCGCUGCUGGAGCCUGCUAACAGGCCGUUGCAAGCGGCCGUAAUAGGACUGGUGCUGCUCCAUUUCGGCGCCCAGAUGCUCGUAACAAUUCACCAAUUGGAGGGCUUCAAGCUCAAUCGCGGCACGUUGGCCUCCCUGGCCCAACAGCUCCUGCUGCACCCGGCCGCCUCUCCUCCCGGCGGCGACGCUAACAGCGGCAAUGUCGGCAAAGGCAACCAAGGCGAUACGCAACCAGCUGCGGAGAUGCACUUCGUCAGCGCCGAUUGGGUACGAGCGGUAGUGGAGGCCGCCGCUGAUGAGCCGGAUGCAGAUGAAGUGCAGGAAGUAGUGGAGGCAACAGCGGAGGAGGCAGCAGACGCAGCAGACGCGACUUGCAGUGCUGGUACAAGUGCAAACGAAGCGAGCGCCAGCCAGCCGUCUGGUCGUACAAACGAACCCAAACGCGUUACCCUUGUCGUACACUUGUUUGCGCGGCAAGGCGGCAGACCCGUGCUGCCCGGGCAGCAACGUAACCGCAGCGCUGCCUCCACCACUGCCUCCGCUGGUUCCCAGCAUGACGCCACCAGCAUGCGUGGCACCGCUACCCAGGUACCCGCAAGGACACAACAGCCGUUGAGGCCCGUGUACGACCUCUCGUACGCCGUACACAUGCAGAUGCUGGCGCUGAUGCCGCGGCUGUCCCUGCUGCUGGCUCCAGCGCUGGCGGCGUCAGGGGUGCGACUGCCCUCCCUGGAGUGGUGGCAGCGGCAGCGCUUGCCCGCAGUCACUACUCGCCUGGAGCCACCCGCUGCUGCUGGUGGUGGUGGUGAGCUGGCAUCCGCACCACCCUACUACGAGGGUGAUGCGGUUGCCGAGUGCUCCCUACAGACCUCACCCUCCGUGCGGGUGCUGGCGCGGGCGGAGGGACGCCUCUUCUCACCCGUCGCGCUACCGCUACCGCUGCAGGCGCCAGCACGUCCCCUCCGACGUGCCGUGUGCCGCCUGACGCCGGCGCCUUGGACGGUGGCGGCGGCGGCGGCCCUGAAAGCCACCGCGGCUGGAGUCCCUAAUGCCACCGCCGCCGCCGCCGCCGGGACCGCUCCGUCGUUCACCGUGGUCGUUUGGGAGGAGCUGGAUAGCCACACACGGGCCCUGCAGGCGACGACACGCAGCAGCGGAGGCGGCAGCAGCGGUAGACGCAUGCACCACCUUCAUCAUCACCAUCAUCAUGUCGGCUCGUUGCUCCGAUCGGGACCUCCGCCGCCACCAGGUUGGCUCUCCAGCGGCCUUAACGCCGGCAGUGCACAUGGUGACGGCGACGGAGGCGAUGGCAGUGACAGUGGCGGCGAUUGGGUCUCGUGGCUUACCUCCUUAGCGACCGGCAAGAACGGCGGGACGCUGUACUACUGCGCGCCAGUGGGUUGGCUCACGUCGUGCGAUCCUUCGGCUUUCGACGCUGCUGCUCCUCAUGCUUCCGGUCCAUCCAAAGCAACGGCGGCGGCGGCGGCGGCAGCUCGUGGACUGCACGCAGGGUUAUCACACGGCGGUGGUACGGCAGCGGCUGCUGCUGCGGCACAUGCAGCCGCCGCUCGCAGGAGCAGCAACGACGUCACGGAGGGCGGCACCGGGCCGCUGCACGACAGCAACCGAUUCACCGUCCACCCUCACCGCCUGAGAUAUGACGGCAGCGGCGGCACAUGGGCCCAAGUUUGGAGCCUGCUAGCGUACUCCGCAGCGACAGCAUGGCGCUUCUCAGGAGUGAUGACGGUCCUGCUGGGCCACUGCGUGGACUGGGGAUUGCUGGCCCGAGCUGGAGGCAGGGUGGCGGAGCUUGCGACGCCGCUGCUGCUGCCGCAUGCCGCGGCGCUGCGAUGGAUGCUGCCCCUGGCGCUGCCGGACGUGGCGGGCGGGAGGGGGAAGGAAGAGGAAGAGGAGGCGAGCCUGGUUGGGCGGCUGGACUUGGCGGUGACGGCUGCCACAGCUGCGGCUUGCUGCUACGCUGAGUGGCUGCUGCUGCUGCGGCUGCUGCUGCGGUGGCGGGCGGACCGGCUUGAUGAGCGGGGCGUGCGGCUAGACGUGGACACGGCGGGGCUGAUGAGGGCGCGGGUGUGGCGCGAGGCCGUGGAGGGACCCGUGGGUCGGUCCCGCAUGCUGGUCUGGCGCUGGCUUCCCUCCUUCUGGCGCUCAGAGUGCUUCCCUCUGACGUUGCUGGCUGGGUUACAGUUCCUGCGGUGGCCGAGGCGGCUGCUACCGCCACUGCUGCUGCUGGCCGGACCGGCGACGGCGCCGGAUGCGGCCACAGCAACAGCAGCAGUGGCGGCAGCGGCACGUGCUGAGGUCGCCAACCUAACAGGUAUACUCCAUUGGGCCCUCAUCUGCUGGUGUCGACAGCAGCAGUGGAAGUCGAUGGGCUUGCAGGCUUACGUGUCCCGCAUGCUGGGUGCGGAGGUCGCCACUCGGGCGAGUAAGCCGCUGCUGCAGGUCGCAGCAACUUCCCGCAUGCUGCAUGAUAUCGCCGCCCGGCUGCCGCUGCGGCUGGUGGCCCGGGCAGCGCAGCCGGUGCUGGGGGCCGCUGGGGGCGCUGUGCACCUGCCAGUGCUGAAUUGGGAAGAAGGCAUGCUGGCAGAUGCGGCGCCGUAUGUGUGGAUGGCUGCGUUGGGUCACCGGAACGGUGGCGGCGGCGGUGCUGAUCGAGUGGGCAUUCGGGAACUGGAGCGCUGGCAGCAGCAGCAGCCGGG